AUUUCACGAUAGAGAAGUUAUAUUUGAAUUAGCUCCUGUAUUGUGUUGAUUUCUGAAUCUAAAGACUGGGAAACAGCAUUCAGGGUUGUUUUAAUACAAAUAUACUAAAAAGGAUUUCAACAGUGAGAGAAAAUGGGGAAGCCUAACAAAAAAGAUCCAGCUAGCAAAAAAUUAGUUACCAGAAGAUACAACAAUAAUGAUGCUGACAGUGAUAAUGAAGGUGAGACUGAAAUGCUUUCUCUGAAGCUUCGUUAUCAUAACCUUGAAGGCAAUAAGCAAGCCUAUGAGAAAGAAACUCAAGAAGAGAUCAGAAGGCAGAGACAGUUGAUUCGACAACUUCAAGAAGAAAGGGAAGAAAUUUCAACUAACCUGAAGGGAGCAAGUGGCAAAAAUGGUGUAACUCAGGAACACAAAACAACCGGAGCAAUACGAUCUCUGCUUGAGAAAGGAGAUGAUAUUGAUGCCAAAAUUGCAGAAGAAAAACAAAGGCAUUCAGAACUUGAUGAAGAGAUUAAAGAGACUCAAAGAAAACUUGAACAAAAUAGAAAAGCUGCUGCCCUAAAAGAAGACACAAACAAGAAAGCCCAAAGACUUACAGCUCAAGUAGCACAGGGAAAUAGCAAGUUCAGCUCUUUGUUAUCAGCAAAUUCCAAGCUACGGGAAGAAAUCGAAACCAUGCGGGUGGAGAAAGAAAAGUUUCAGCUUCUGUACAAAAAGCUGCAAAAGACAAUGGAGGAAGUGCGACAAGAAUCAAGGGGAGUUCUUGAUGAGGCAACUGAAGCUUAUCACACAAGAGAAGAGGCUCAGGCUAGAAUUAUUCGAGUUAAUGAACAGCAGGAAAAAGACAUGGAGCUGUACAAUGCAGAAAUAAGGGAGAUGCAGAGAGAACUAAGCCACGCUCAAAAGGUCGAACAUUUCCUCCAGGAGAAGAAAAAGGAACGAGAACCAGAUGACAAUUUCCUUGAAGCUGAAAAGAAAAGAGAGACCAAGGAGCGAGAACGGAAGAUUGAACACCAGAUAGCGCUAAAUAAGUACGAAGAAGCUGUUGAAAAACUCAACGAAAUCAUUGAAAAGGGUGCCAAGAAGAGAGAUAUGAGUCAGCGACAAAUGAGCAAAUCUGACAACAAAAAUGGCUAUGAAGGGGCAGCAGAAGAGGAAAGGAAGCGUUUGUGGGAUUUAGCUACCAGAAGAAAGUCCACCAUAUUAAGCCCAUUCUUUAAAGACUCUGCUGGAGAUGGUGACUCUGAGAGGAAGCUAAGGAGGGUGAUUGAACACAGACGGAAAUCCACCAUAAUGGGAACCACAACAGAGGAUCAGGAGAGACUAAGAGAGCUAAUGAAGAAAGCCUUGGAGCAUCAGGAUAAACUGGAGGAAAAAGACUCACUGGACUCUGAUGCUGAACUAUUCUAUAAUGUGUACAUGGAAAGGGAAGACAUGAACUUUGCACUUUUUAACUAUGUCACAGAGCAGACCAGUGAUAUUGACAGUAUUCAGGAGCAAAUUGAACAGCUCAAAAUGAAUAUCAGCUUUUUGAGAGACAAGGAUUUUGCUGUAAGUGAUGAACACAAGAACAUUAUGAAAGAACUUGAACUGAAAACGACAGAGGCAACAGAGGCUUCAAACAAGUCUGAAACUGAAGUUGGAAGAAGAGAGAAAAUUUGGGGCCAGAUAAAAACAGCUGUACACAAUCUGGGAAAGAAGAUUGGAGUGAACACUACAGAAUUUUCGGUCACAUUAGGAGGGACAGAUGAACCCACUAACCACAACAUAAUCACAUAUCUUGGAAUAGUUGAACAAAGAGCCAGUGAAAUAUUGGCUGCAUGCUCCUAUAGGAAAUACCAGGAUGCUGAAAGGAGUGAAGAUACUUCAACAUCAGUUCUGGAAUUCUUAGGCGUCUCCCCACCAAAAGCCAUGCCAGAGUAUGAAGUCCAGCUGCCUUCUACAGGCUUGCUUGACAGCGAGGAUGAAGAAAUGACUGGAGACCACCUAAGACCACUGUCGAAAGCAGAACUACAGCAAAAAGCACUACAAUCGAUCCAGAUGAAGGAAGAUGGAUCAAAAGAUAAGAAUGAAAAAACCAUUCAUGAAAAAAACAGCAACACGAACCGCAGAACCAAAGUGAACUGAAGCCGUGGAUGGUUGCUGUGUUUAUUUACUAUGACAUUGGAAGAAAUCAGCUUGAAUAUCACUUUAUAUUUCUGGGUGUUUUGGUUUUUUAAUAAUGUAAAAACAUGCUAUCAAUCAAAUAGAUAAAUUAAUAAGGAAACUGCUUGCUAAAAUGAAAAGCAUGUGUCACUGUUAAAUUGUUAAUCGCAGAAAUAACUUUUAAUAAUAUAAUAAUUUUGCAAGGCUUUGGAACUGCCUGCAAUCCUAUCCACCCUGUGUGCUCAGUAAACCCAAAGUGACCCAAUAUGAAAACUCUGGGUCUUCCUACAAUCAAACUGCAUUGCAGGGCAUGUGAAACACUGCAAAGUUGACUGUAAACACUUCUUUGAAUGGUAGGAUAAUUGUUUUUGAAUAGUGUUACUACUCAUUGUAGUUAAGGAUAUAUGUGCUGUCAUGCAUUGUCAAUAUAAUGUUUCAGAAUAAACAAGAUAACACUUACUUUACAUCUUAUGUCAUGCCUAGGCAGGCAAG